GGGAGGAGUCUGCCUUAGGCUUUAUUUAGGGCGGAGUGAGAAGGGCAGAGAGAGGUAGAUAGAUGCAGUGUUCACCUACCUGUUGGAGUUAACUUGCGACCUGGAUUAUCCACGGCUGCCGGCUGCCCUGCGCCCUCCGUGUUCUGGCUUACUCUGGAGCCUUGGUCUCUGAUCCUGGACCCCAGUUUUUCAUCUCUUCUCAACUUUAAACACAGAGAGGGAACCUCAUGGCUGCGUCUUGUGAGAUCAGCAACAUUUUCAGCAACUAUAUCAGUGCCAUGUACCAGGCAGAAGACCCAGCUCCCGCCUCAUCAGCCACCUUGGGUGGGGACGACCCGGUGUUGACCCUGAGCAAUCCACAGAUACCCCUAGAGGGCACAGACAAAGCCAGCUGGUCAGGGAUGCUGCCCCAUUUGUGGUCAAAGGCCCAGGUCCUAGACUGGAUCAGCUAUCAGGUGGAGAAGAAUAAAUAUGAUGCUAGUGCCAUUGACUUUUCCCAAUGCAAUAUGGAUGGCGCCACACUGUGCAGCUACCCCCGGGAAGAGCUGCGCCUGGUCUUUGGACCCCUGGGGGAUGAGCUCUUUGCCCAGCUGCAAGACCUCUCAUCUAGCUCAUCUGAUGAGCUAAGCUGGAUCAUUGAGCUCCUAGAGAAGGAUGGACUCAUUUCUCAGGAUAUCAUGGGAGACUCCACCUUUGAUCAUAGCAGCCCUUUCAACCAAGAUUUGUUAGAUGACUCAAGGCUGGCCAGUCCCCAUUACCCAGGAAGCUAUGGGACAGGGGCUCCUUCUCCAGGCUGUUCAGAUGUGUCCACUUCAGGGACUGGAACCUCUCAAAGUCCCCACUCAGACUCUGGUGCAAGUGAUGUGGAUUUAGAUCCCACAGAUAGCAAACUCUUCUCUUUUUCCAGUGACAACUUCUCUGACUACAAGGAAGGGGACCUGAAAUAUGGGAAGAAGAAACGAGGACGACCCCGAAAGCUGAGCAAGGAGACCCGGGAGUGCCUGGAGAGCAAGAAAAGCAAACAUGCUCCGAGAGGGACACACCUGUGGGAGUUUAUACGGGACAUCCUCAUCCACCCAGAGCUCAAUGAGGGCCUUAUGAAGUGGGAGAACCGACAUGAGGGUGUCUUUAAGUUCCUCCGAUCUGAGGCUGUGGCCCAGCUGUGGGGUCAGAAGAAGAAAAAUAACAGCAUGACCUAUGAGAAACUCAGCCGGGCCAUGAGGUACUACUACAAAAGAGAGAUCUUAGAGCGGGUUGACGGCCGGAGACUAGUCUAUAAGUUCGGCAAGAACUCGAGUGGUUGGAAAGAGGAGGAGGAGGCGGUCCUGAGCCGGAACUGAACGAAAGGGCCAUCUCGGCACUCAAGGCCGACCAUGAGCUUGCCCCUGGACCAGAGACUCCUUCAGACAUUCCUGGACCCCGGCCCUCCAAGUCCCUCCAGGGAGGGUGGGUGCCCCUUAUUGGCGCUGGAAGCCAGUGGGUGUGCCCCAGUGGAGUGAAACUGAACUUUGGCCUGCCCUGGCUUUGUUGUCAACAGUUGUCAUGGGAUAUGGAGACCUUGGGCCCCUCCCUCCUCUUUCCUCUUGGAACUACAAGCCCUCUGGAUGGCAGCCAUGGCGCUGCUGGCUGAAACCAAGAGGUCUCUGAGCUGGGAAUCCUGGAUGUCACAUGGGAGCCAAGGACCCUCUUCUCGUAGAACCCUGGACCGAUGCUCUUUGGGGGGUGAUGGGUGGCCCCUGAAAAAAGCCUUAGAGAGAAGACCUACCAGCACCUUGCCUCCAGGCCUGCCCUUUCCCUAUGCUUGGACUCCGCAGGUCGUGGGUCAGAGCACUCCCUAAUUUAUGUGGUAUAAAUAUGUAAUAUGUACAUAGAAAUCUAUUUUUUCAAUGAUACCCCUCCC